UUUCUCAAACAAACCUUAUACUAACUCUUUUUUUUUUUCUUUCAUACUAAUACUUCCAUCAAAAUUUUAUCCUCCACCCCCACCCCCCAACGCCCACCACCCCACCUCCUAGUAAACACACAAGACAAAAAAAAAACAUUCGAAACAUUUGCUUCUUCUUUGUUUUUGCCUUUCUUCACACUUUAUACACAACACACGCAGAGGAGGUGAGAAAAUGAAGAAGAAAGAAUGGAGCUAUGUUCUUGAAUUAUUGGGAAUUUUGCUUCAGUUUUUUUUGCUGGUUGAAUCUACAUUAACAAGACAGAGAAUAAAUAAGUUAAACAGUCGACUAGACCAGGAGUCUUUUCCACCAGUACAAUUGCUUUCACUGGAUGAUUAUGUGGUGGUGGAUAAUGGCAUCUUUAAUAUUACUUUUUCUAUUCCUGGGGGAAUGGUCACUGGAUUACAAUAUAAUGAGAUUGAUAAUUUAUUGGAAGAUGGAAAUAAAGAUAAUGACAGAGGGUAUUGGGAUAUUGUUUGGAACAAACCAGGAGAAAAAAAUAUUAUUGACAAACUUUAUGCAACAAAUUUUAAUGUUAUUAUGGAAGAUGAAAAUCAAGUGGAGCUUUCAUUUACAAGGACUUGGGAUACUUUAGAUUCUUCACAACUUUCAAUGAAUAUUGACAAAAGGUUUAUAAUACUAAGAGGAAUUUCUGGAUUUUAUUGUUAUGGAAUUUUGGAACGUUUAGAAGGAUGGCCAGAUAUUGAUGUUUUCCAAGGAAGAAUAGUCUUCAAGCUCAAAGAAAAUUUGUUCCAAUAUAUGGCAGUAUCAGAUGAACGUCAAAGGAUAAUGCCAACGGCCCAUGAUCGUGAAAUGGGCCAACCACUUGAUUAUAAAGAAGCUGUUCUUCUUACUAACCCAACUAAUUCUUUCAUCAAAGGAGAGGUUGAUGACAAAUAUCAAUAUUCUUGUGAUAAUAAAGAAAACCGGGUUCAUGGGUGGAUCAGCCAAACUCCACGAACCGGGUUUUGGAUGAUUACUCCUUCUGAUGAGUUCAGGACAGGUGGGCCAGCCAAACAAGACCUUACUUCUCAUACUGGCCCAAUAAAUCUAAAUAUGUUCUUUAGUACACAUUAUGCUGGAGAAGUUUUGGCCAUGAAAUUCAGGGAUGGGGAGCCCUGGAGAAAAGUUUUUGGACCUGUUUUUGUGUACAUAAACUCACUUUCACCUGAUGUGCAAGACACACUCACAUUAUGGGCUGAUGCCAAAGAACAAAUGUUCAUCGAAACCGAAAAUUGGCCCUAUACUUUCCCUCUUUCGGAAGAUUUUGCUCGACCUGAUCAACGUGGAGUUGUAAGUGGCAGAUUACUCGUCCGAGAUAGCUAUGUUAGCGAAAGUCUCAUCAUUGCAAAUUCAGCUUUCGUUGGUUUGGCUGCUCCUGGAGAGGUUGGAUCAUGGCAAUUGGAAAACAAGGCUUGUCAAUUUUGGACUCAAACAGAUAGUGAGGGGUAUUUCUUGAUCAAGAAUGUAAUUCCAGGGAACUAUAGUUUAUAUGCUUGGAUCCCUGGAUAUGUUGGCGAUUACAUGUAUGAUCCUUUCAUCAUUGUCACUCCAGGAUCAAGCGAAAGGGUUGAAACUCUUAUAUACGACGCUCCAAGAAAUGGUCCAACAUUGUGGGAAAUUGGAAUUCCUGAUAGGACAGCGGCUGAAUUCUUCAUCCCUGAUGCACAACCAAGACUCUUAAAUCAAUUAUACGUUGCAAAUCAGCAAGAAAGGUUUAGGCAAUAUGGAUUAUGGGAUAGGUAUACAGAGAUAUACACUGAUGAUUUGGUGUUUACUGUUGGAUCAAGUAGAUAUCAAACAGAUUGGUUCUUUGCUCAUCUCAAUAGAUACUUUUACAAUGAUGAUGGAAACAAGACUUAUGCACCAACUACAUGGCAAGUUCUAUUUGAUCUUGAAGAUGUUGAUCAAUCAUCAAAUUAUACACUUCAACUAGCAUUGGCCUCAGCACAUGAAGCUGAAUUGCAAGUUCGAUUCAAUGAUCCAGAAACAGACGCUCCUCACUAUACAACGGGGUUGAUAGGCAAGGAUAACGCGAUAGCGAGGCAUGGUAUACAUGGAAUAUACAGACUAUAUACUAUAAAUGUUCCUGGCUCUCUCCUUGGUAUUGGAACCAAUGUUAUGUAUCUCAAGCAAACUAGAGGUGAUGGGCCUUUUAGAGGAAUUAUGUAUGAUUAUAUUCGACUCGAAGGCCCUCCUGAAGAAAUCUAUUGAUUAAUAUUCGACUUAAACUUUUAGAUGAUAUAGAAUGAUGGUUCUUUCGGGUUA